AUGACAUUCGUGAUACCGAUAGUGGUGGAAGUGACUAAUGAACCGAGUGCUUCGAAUAAUGAACAUAUAAGAGUAGAUUCUAACAGUGACAAUGAUUCUAAUUCAGACCAGGGAAUCUAUGUUAGUGUCAGGGGUAGGCCUGGUAGUGUACGUGGUGACAGGGGAAGGGGACGUGCCUGUGGUGUGACUGUCGCAGGUCAAGGUAGAGCUCAACAAAAUCCUGUACCUACAUGGAAUACUGAUGAUGUGACUAAAGUAGUGGCAGCACCAGCACCAGAACUGGGGAAACAAAAAGGGGAAGACUAA